AUGAAACAAACAACCUUAUACGAUCUUAAUCUGCGUGUAUUACGUAUGCAUUAUCCAUCGGCUAUAUCAAUAAUUGCAAGUUCACCCUAUGUUGUACUUUAUUCAUUCUCAGAAUCAAAAAAAACAUGGACCAAGGAACACUGUGAAGGAACACUAUUUAUAUUUUCAACGAACAAAGGGUAUAGCUAUACAAUUUUGAAUCGGGUUUCAUUGGAGUCAUUUUCAGCAAAUUUAGUAUGUCCGGAUGAUCUUGAAUAUUCAGAUCCAUAUAUUAUUCAUAAGAUCAAUAAUAGUAUUGAUAAGCCAAUAUAUUUGAAAAAAAAAACUUAUGUUUUAGAUGAAAUCUAUGGUCUUUGGAUCUGGGAGGCGUUUGACCGACAAAAAAUAUCAUCAGUUAUGAUUAAUUGUGCUAAACGUAAUGUUAAUACUUAA